UUCCGAGGUGUCAACUGUCACCCCCCAUAUUCAGAUCAUAUUAUACACGUCUGACGUCUCCUCGCUGUUUCUUUAACUGAGCUAUACUUAUUUAGGUUGCAAAUUUGCUGUUUGCUUCGCACCCGCGAAAAACUCGCCGUUUUAAUUGCUCCGCCACUUUACAUGAGCAAGCUUAUAUAGAGGCAUAAGGGAAGAAGCAAGGAAUGGCGAAUUCCAUUUCUCCCCUCCACUUUUCACGAAUUUUAAUUUCGCCGCCCUUUCUCCUGAAAUCGAACGGUUUGGGAGUUUCUUCUGUUUUAUGCAAUUCUGCAAACCCUCUUCGUCUGUGUUUGGAUUCCGGUCAUCGCUCUGCUUCGCGACCACGGCCCAGUAAAAGGUUGGUUAGAGUUCUAGCUAAAAUAUUGCAAGAGGAUGAAGAAAAAGUGGUCGUGGAGAAAUCAUUUAAUCCAAAAGGUUUCCCAGAAAAGGAAAAAGAAGGAACAUCUGGCUCGCUGCCAAGUGAUGGUUCCCCGUCCUCUAGUGGGUUGGAGAAGUGGACUAUAAAACUGGAGCAGUCUAUCAAUAUUCUUCUCACAGACUCGGUGAUAAAGAUCCUUGACACUUUGUACCAUGAUCGGGAUUAUGCAAGGUUUUAUGUUCUUGAAACCAUUGCGAGGGUUCCUUAUUUUGCAUUCAUGUCUGUGUUGCACAUGUACGAGAGUUUUGGAUGGUGGCGACGAGCUGACUACUUGAAAGUUCAUUUUGCUGAGAGUUGGAAUGAGAUGCAUCAUUUGCUUAUUAUGGAAGAAUUAGGGGGGAAUUCUUGGUGGGUUGAUCGGUUCCUUGCUCAACACAUCGCAGUCUUUUACUAUUUUAUGACUGUGUUUAUGUAUGCAUUGAGCCCAAGAAUGGCGUAUCACUUCUCAGAAUGCGUGGAGAGUCAUGCUUUUGAAACUUACGACAAGUUUAUCAAGAGCCAAGGAGACGAGCUGAAGAGACUGCCUGCACCUGAAGUUGCAGUGAGAUAUUACACCGGAGAUGACUUAUACUUGUUUGAUGAAUUCCAAACCUCAAGACCUCCCAAUUCUCGAAGGCCAAAGAUAGACCGCGCCACGGUGAACUUGAACCCAAGACCUUUGGUCUUAAGCAUUAACCACUCUACCGCUAGGCCAACUCACGCACACACAUAAUCUAUAUGAUGUAUUUUUUAACAUAAGAGAGGAUGAAGCGGAACAUUGCAAGACGAUGAAGGCAUGUCAAACUCCUGGUAACCUCCGAUCACCUCACUCUUACACCGAUGCUUUGGAAGAUGAUGCAGGCUGUAUUCUGCCUCAAGCAGACUGCCAAGGCAUUGCCGAUUGUAUAAAGAAAUCUAUUAGGGAACCACCAUCUGUCAGCAAAACAUGACCUGCAUUAUAAGAUAUGAACAAGUAAAUCUGCAUAGAAAAAGAAAUACGUGCUGCUGUGACUUAGCGCAUCCAAUUUUCUCAUGUUCAUGUAUAUUUUCUGGUUAGUCAAUAUUACAUCUCUGAUUGACAGAUAUCAGUGGAAAUUAUAUAAUAUCUGAAAUAUAGGCCUUAUGAGGAGAACGCAUCUCUUUAAA